AUGAGGUUCCCAUGGGUAAACGAUGUAAAUGCAGAAGAUCCAGAAGUAGAAGUCUACAGAUUUAACAGGGUACUCUUUGGAAUGAACUGUUCCCCUUUUUUACUUAAUGCUACCUUGAACUAUCACAUCAAGUCAUACUAUGGUGAUAAUCUUGAUCUUGCUGAGAGAGUACUGGAUGGGUUUUAUGUUGAUGACUGGACAUCUGGGGGGAAUGAUGAGGAGGAAGCCUUCAUGUUAUACAACACAGUCAAGUCAUGUAUGUCAGCUGUUGGAUUCAAUCUCAGGAAGUGGGCUUCAAACAGCAAGGACCUGAUGAAAAGGAUUGCUGAAGAUAGAGUAGAGAACACUAGGCCUACUGAGGUAAGRGAUGUAGAGCAUCCACUACAGACACCACAUCCUACGGUUGAGAGAGACACUGAGUCAUAUGCUAAGAUUUCUGUAGGAGGAUUACAUGAGAUUGAUCCUACACAAGGAGAACAUAAGGUACUUGGGAUCAACUGGAACUUGAACUCUGAUACCCUGGUACUAAAGUUAGAUAGGGUAACACAGUUUGCUAAAGAUCUGGAACCCAGCAAGAGAAAUGUGUUACGUUUGUCAGUAAAGUUAUUCGAUCCACUAGGACUGAUUUCUCCCGUCAUGAUACCAAUGAGGAUACUGUUUCAAGAACUUUGUGCUUUAAAAUAUGAAUGGGACUGCACCCUGCCUGAGGGUAAGCAGAGAAUUGUUAAGAAAUGGUUAGCAGAUGCUGACAAGGUAAAGGACAUUGUUAUGCCAAGGUAUUAUUUGAACUCUCAGAUCAGUGAUUCAUUGAAAUCAGCAAGCCUUCAUGCAUUCGGAGAUGCAUCUAAGAAAGCAUAUUGUUCUGUUGUGUACUUGUGCACAGAGACAGAGAUGGGUUUUAGACAUUCUACAUUAGUUGCCUCCAAGUCAAGACUUGCACCCUUGUCAGAACYUACCAUACCAAGGUUGGAGCUUGUUGCAGCUGUGAUCACGUCACGCCUAGUUACUACAGUAAAGAAGGCACUAGAGUCAGUUGUAAACAUUGACAUUUCACACUGUUGGACUGAUAGCAAAGCAGUUCUGUACUGGAUAACACGAAGCAAGGAACUCAAACAGUUUGUAGAGAACCGAGUGAACACAAUCUUAGAACUAACGACAGCUGAUAUGUGGGGUCAUUGCCCGGGAACUCAGAAUCCUGCAGACCUUGGAUCCAGAGGAUGUUUCCCUUCAGAGAUAGCAAGUAACAUUACAUGGUGGGAAGGACCUAGCUGGUUGAAAGAGCCACCAGACUGUUAUCCCAAGUUAGACGGCUUCAUUGAAGAAGCAGAUGUUUCWGAGGACUGUUUAAAKGAGUUUCGUGUUAUGAGAGCGAAGCAGAACGACACCGAAAGUACGGCUUCAUUUCUAACCAGUUCAWUUAAGAUUCAUAUGUCAACCAAGCCUGUGAACGUGUCAGAGGUUAUCGAUUGUACAAGAUACAGCAAACCCAUGAAACUGUUUAGAGUCACAGCAACAGUGUUACGAUUUAUAGCCAUUCUCAAGACUAAACAAGAUGAUCGUAAGCAGAAACUACAAAAAAACAGCGAAAUAUCACAAGAAGAGGUGAUAGCAGCAGAGAAGCUGUGGAUUCGUGAGGUACAAAGAGAGACAGAGCAACAGAAAAAUUGGAAAGAUUUGCAGAAACAGCUUGGCCUGUACAAGGAUGAAGAAGGAAUCCUCAGAAGCAGAGGGAGAUUGGCCAAUGCGUUGUUACCCGUUGAAACUAAGUUUCCCAUAUUCUUACCACGAGAAMAUUAUUUAACUAGAUUGAUCGUAGAACAUUGUCACCGAGAAGUUCAGCAUGGAGGAGUCAAAGAUACGUUGACGCAAGUUAGAAGCCAGUUUUGGAUCCCUAGAGGACGUCAGCUAGUGAGGAAGAUUCUGUUUCAUUGUGUAUUAUGCAAGAGAUUACGAGGAACAGCGUAUGCUUCACCACAGCACUCAGAUCUUCCACCAUACAGGGUUGUGGARACACUYGCAUUUACACAUGWCGGGGUGGAUUAUGCAGGUCCAUUGUACAUAAAACCCUCAGAGUUGAUGCCUGAACAAGGACCAAAGACUUACAUAUGUUUGUUUACAUGUACUUCGUCUAGAGCACUGCAUUUGGAACUGGCUCCAGACUUAUCAACAGAGUCGUUUUUAAGGUGUUUGAGAAGAUUUGUUUCAAGGAGAGGAAUUCCCUCAUCCAUUACUUCAGACAAUGCUAAAACAUUUAAACUUGCGGAUAAAGAAAUCCAGAAGUUGUUUGCUCAUGAAGAGGUUCAACGUUAUGCGUUAGAGAAAGGAAUCAAAAGGAACUUUAUUCUAGGGAAGGCCCCAUGGUGGGGUGGGUUUUAUGAGCGAAUGGUACAGUUGGUGAAGAGAUCCCUUAGGAAGGUUCUUGGUAAUGCAAAACUUAACUAUGAAGAACUCUCAACAGUGCUAACAGAGGUUGAAGGAACUUUGAACUCUAGACCCUUGACGUAUGUUGAGCCUGAGGUCAGUGAACAGCCACUGAYACCCUCACACCUUAUUACUGGAAGACGCUUAGCGACAUUACCACACCCAUCACAAGUCAUAGAAGAUUGCGAUUUGACAUCCAUAACUAGAAGACAGAUGUACCUCAGCCUGUUACUGAACCAUUUUUGGAAAAGAUGGAGCACAGAGUAUUUGAUGAACCUURGGRAGUUUCAAAGAAAGAAAUCUUCAAGAAAUAAGGUUGCUGAGGUAGGAGAUGUUGUAAUCAUUCAUGAUGAUAAUCCAAGUCGUAUYAAGUGGAAGACAGGAGUGGUAGAAGAGUUGAUUGUUGGAGAAGAUCAAGAGGUGAGGGGAGUAAAGAUCAGAACUCUAACGAAAAAAGGUGCAGCUACCAAGCUGAGAAGACCAGUCCAGAAGAUCUACCCAUUAGAAAUUACAUGUACCCAAGAGAAACCGACACAGUCGCAAGGAACCAGAAUUGAUCAGAGCAAGGAAGCAGAUGAAACAGAUCAUGAUGUUAAGGACAAUGGAAGACCUCAAAGGAGGGCAAAGAGUCAAGCAAGAGUGCGAAUAAAGGAACUUGUUAGUGACCAAGCAGUUUAG